AGAGAACCCAUAGAACCUCCCCACGCCCCACUAGGGACACAGAGGGACGGCUUUCUGUGCGCGUGGAGAGCCCUCGUGGCGGUGACGUCGCUGCGCAUCGGGAUCCAUCGGCGUGGGGGGGGGUGUCCUGAGCACGCGGCUGUGGGCAUGCUGUCGGAGACGGACGCUACGCGGAACCCGGACGCGGACAUGGACGUGGACAUGGAGGAGCACGGGCGCGCUGUACGGACGGCUCCCGACGGCCUGUCCGCGGAGGACCCGGAGCUGGAGGCCAUCAAGGCCCGGGUGCUGGAGAUGGAGGAGGAGGCCGAGAGGCUGAACGAGGUGCAGUAUGAGAUGGAGAGACAGCUCAUCUGCAGCCCUCAGGGGGGCUUCUUCUACACAAUGACCCAUGAGGAGAGGGUUGACGCUGACAAUCGCUCAGUUUAUGUGGGAAAUGUGGAUUACGGUGCAACCGCUGAUGAGCUGGAAAUCCACUUCAAUGGCUGUGGUCCUGUGAACCGUGUGACUAUACUGUGUGACAAAUUCACAGGCCAUCCCAAAGGGUUUGCGUACAUUGAGUUUUCCGACCGAGAUUCGGUGAGGACUGCAAUGGCCUUGGACGAGACCCUGUUCAGGGGUAGAGUUAUCAAGGUGCUUCCCAAAAGGACCAAUAUGCCUGGGAUUAGCACCACAGACCGAGGUGGCUACCGAGGGGGUCGAUCCCGGGCCCGAGGCUUCCGCACAUCCAGAUUCAACAGUGGCUUUCAGGGCAGGUACCGCUGCCGCUCCAGCAGGUCAGUACUGCCACACCCCUACGGCGCCCCACCAGGAAAACGACCCUGGGGAGCACCAGAGCACCGUGACCAGGGGCCCAAACGGCACCCCUGCCUCCUGCUAAUUACCCCACCUUCUGAGGACUCCAGCCCGGGGCCAAGCGGAAAGCAGUAUCCAUAGCACAUUGUAAAUGUUUUAAUAUUUUGCAAGAAAUGUGACACCCCUGUUUCAAAGACUGACAACUGCUUAUGCUGUGACUCAGACAACACAGCCGUUUAACCGAUCAAUUGGUGCACUGCAUAAUGCUAAUUGGAGUGGUCAAAUCGGAUGGCUUUUUUCUUUUUUUGCUUUUUAAAGAAAGCACAAAGGUUAGGAUUUGAAGCAGUAUUUCACCCACAAUUGUUUGCAAGAUUCCUGGAAUCCCAGUUCAUCUAUACAACUAAUUUGGCAUAUUUACUCACGCUGAUUUCAGACGACAGCAGCCAUGGUAGAGCUUGAGGCGGCUCUUCUGAAUCGGUGGAGCAGAAGUCCAUUGUGCCGAAAUGUUAUCCGCCCCCCCUUUAGAGGUGGAAGAGCUCUGCCUGUUUAUCCAUGAUCAGUUUUUUAAAACUACGUGUGAAGAUUAAAGUUUGUGUUCAAGCUCCCUUGUUCAUGUCGGUGUAAAGCUUUUUAUCAUGGUCAGAGCACGCUGUAUGCAAAAGCAAGACUUCCCCCCCUGUCUUCAGUGGAUAUGCUUAGCAUUUCUGCUCAUGUUUUAUAAAGCUGAGAGGGUGAGCUUUUUUUUUUUUUUCUCACCCAGAAAACCACACAUGCAGCAGUGCAGCCCUUUUUUUUUUUUUUUU